AUGCGUCUUUCCUCCUUUCUGGCCGUGUUCAGGCCUGCUUUGCCCCUCAUCCUGGGGCUGUCUCUUGGAUGUAGUCUGAGCCUUUUGAUGGUUUCGUGGACACAAGGGGACACCGAUGACUCUUGUGGGGAUGAACUGGGCAACGGGAGGCUCUUCCUGGGCAGAGGAGAGGCCCAGAGAGACUCCAGAGAUGGAGCAGGAGAAGAAGACUUCCAGCCACGUAUCGUGCCCUAUCACAAGGAUCCAAACAAGCCCCACAAGAAGGUCCUCAGGACCCGGUAUAUACACACUGAAUUGGGCAUCAGAGAGCGCCUGCUGGUCGGUGUUCUGACCUCUCGGGCCACCCUCAACACGCUGGCCGUGGCCGUGAAUCGCACAGUUGCCCAUCACUUCCACCGCACCUUCUUCUUCACGGGCCUGCGUAGCCCCAAGGUGCCUCAUGGGAUGACCGUUGUAGCCCAUGGGGACGACCGCCCAGUGUGGCUGAUGUACGAGACUGUGCGUCACCUCCAUCAGCACUAUGGCUCGGACUAUGACUGGUUCCUGUUGGCCCAGGAUGACACUUACAUGCAAGCAGAUCGUCUUUCUGAGCUGGUGGGUCACCUCAGUGCAGGCCAGGAUUUGUACAUGGGCAGAGCGGAGGAGUUUAUUGGUGGAGAGGAGAAGGCCCGCUACUGCCAUGGGGGCUAUGGCUAUCUGCUGUCUCGCAGUCUUCUGGCUCGUCUGCAGCCGCACCUCGACACCUGCCGUAAUGACAUCCUCAGCGUGAGACCUGAUGAGUGGCUGGGCCGCUGCAUUAUUGAUUACCUGGGUCUCAGUUGUGUGGAGGUGCACCAGGAGAUGAGUUAUCGUUAUUUUGAACUUGGGAAGAAUGCAGAUCCAGAGCGUGAAGAUAGCGUACAGUUUAAAAACGCCUUCACAGUCCAUCCUGUAUCUGAACCGAAUCUGAUGUACCGCCUGCACAAACGCUUCAGCAAGAUCGAGCUGGAGCAGACGUACCAACAGAUUCAACAGCUGCAGAUGCAGAUCAACAACCUGAGUGACCUCACACCGGAGGGUAAGGCCGGAGUAACGUGGCCUAUCGGAAUCAACCCUCCCUUCAAGCCAAGAACCCGUUUUGAGGUCAUUAACUGGGAGUACUUUACUGAAGAGCAUAUUUACUCAUGUGUUGACAGCUCCCCUAAGUGUGAGAUGAGAGGGGCUGACCGUGCAGAUGUUAACGCAGUUUUAGAGAUCGCCGUGGAGCGUCUUAACGAGCGAUAUCAGCCUCAGCUGCGCUUCCGCAAGCGCCGUCUUCUCAACGGUUACCGGCGCUUUGAUCCCACGCGUGGUAUGGAGUAUGUGCUGGACCUCGCACUUGAAGCCUACACCCAGAAAGGCCACAGUCAAGUCAUUGCCAAACGUGUUAACUUGCUGCGGCCUUUAAGCGCAGUUGAGAUUAUCCCCAUGCCUUACGUGACUGAGGCUACACGGGUGCAGGUCAUCCUCCCUGUCACAGCUCAGGACCAGGACUUUGUUGGGAACUUCCUCGACAUGUACGUGAUGAACACUUUAGACACCCAUGACAACGUUUUACUCACGUUCCUGUUCAUCUACGAUCCUUUUGACGCCCAGCGAGUCAGCCAGACUGAUGUGUUCGCUGGUGUCAAGGCCAUGAUCGGGGAGGUGGAGAAGCGAUAUGGUGACGUGAAGAUUCCUUGGAUUAGCGUUAAAACGGAGGUGCCUUCACAGGUCAAACUAAUGGACAUCAUCUCCAAGAAACACCCAGUGGACACACUGUUCUUCCUGGCCAGCGUGUGGACCGAGGUCAAUGCAGACUUCCUAAAUCGCUGCAGAAUGAACGCCAUCAGCAACUGGCAAGUCUUCUUCCCCAUCCACUUCCAAGAGUACAGUCCUGCCGUUGUGUACCGCGACCAGCAGCCCUCUGCAGCCUCCUCCUCUUUUGCAUCAGAGUCACUGCGAGACGGACACUUCGACCGCCACGUAUUUGAAGAGGCCUGCUUUUACAACGCGGACUACAUGACCGCUCGCAAGAUGGCUGCAGACAUCUUGGACAAUGAGGAGCUGCUGGAAAGUAUGGACGUGUACGACAUAUUUGUGCGUUACUCCGGGCUCCAUGUGUUCAGAGCUGUGGAGCCGGCGCUGAUCCAGAAAUACGUGCGGCGAACCUGCAAUCCAAGGUUCAGUGAGGAUAUCUACCACCGCUGUGUCCUUAGUAACCUGGAGGGUCUGGGGUCACGCUCACAUCUGGCCAUGGCUCUUUUUGAACAAGAGCAGGCCAACAGCACCUAGACACCUGGCCUUAGGAAAGUGUCGCUGCCUUAAACAUACCGCCUGGACUGAAGAACUCAUGGAAAAUAAUGUGAAUCAUAUUAUGGAACUUUUGUGAUCCAUAGACUGCAAUCCUUACCUUUGUGUUUGGCAGAAAGUCUUCAAAAUUUCAGCUCGAGACCAUCAAUGUGUUGCUCAUGGACACCUCAACAGAGCAAACACAUACUGAAGCUUUAUCCUCGCGCCAAAAAAAUGUUCAGCUCGAAACGUUAGAAUGCUUUUAUUCAUGAGCCUCUAACUUUGCUUCUGUCAUGCUUCUGACAAAUUAUGAGUCAUAAAGAUGACUUCUUGCACAACUCCUUGAACGUGGACUACUUGUAUUCCGGCCCUGGAUGUAUUCUCAUGGGAGCCGAGCAACAGUAUUUAUGCUAUCAAUUUAAAAGAGAAUGAUCAGAGGUUUUGUCUUGAAUGAAUAAAGGAACAAAGGGUUCACUGUUUAUUUUGAACUGAAAGAAAACUCAAAUCUUUCUCGGUGAAGAUUUAGGGGAAAAAAAAAUACUGGAAACAAGCUGAAGCUGCCUUUUCUUGUAAGUGUUAAUUUUUAAAAAAGUAUUAAAGAGUGAUAUUUCUGUU